GCUUCAGUUAACUGUUCUCAUUCGUUUCAGAUCAAGGCUGUAAUUGCUAAAAAAAAAAAAAAUGGGUGUGGAAGAUGAGGGGCAUUCUGGUGCUAACAGAGCCACCAGAUCAGCAGUUCGCUCCACACCAGAACAUGCUCCUUCCAAGCCCCGUGGUAAAGCUAGGAGGAGGAACCGCAAAAACAGGGUGAUCGAGAGUGACGAUGAGGAGAUGCCGGCGGCGCCCGCCGAGCCGGCCGACCCGCAGGAGCCUGCCCAGGAGGCGCCCCCGGCGGCGCCGGCCGCGCCUGCGCCACGCACGCCGUCGCCGCCGCUGCCGCCGGCUACAACACUGGACAUGGAGGCCGACAUCUCGAUGCUGGAGCCGGCCACGUUCACCACAAUUGACCGCGGUCCGCCCGAGCCCAUGCUGCGACUCAGCUGGAACCACAAGGUGAACCUGAUGGCAGAGAAGGUGCUGAACCCGCUCAUCUACAUGUGCGAAAAGUGCGACUGUCCCGUCCUGCUCUACGGCCGUAUGAUUCCGUGCAAGCACGUGUUGUGCUACGACUGCGCUAAGCCUCAGGAGAAGUGCUGGCGCUGCGGCGACCGUGCCGUGCGCGUCGAGCGUGCCGGUCUUGGCACGCUCUACAUGUGUCUGCACGACGGAAAACGCUACGACAACAAUGGCUGCCGGCGCACCUACCUCAGCCAACGGGACCUGCAGGCGCACAUCAACCACCGGCACCGGCGGGCGCCGCCCGCCCCUCGCACCCCUCCGCCGCCGCCGCCGCCGGCACCGCCCGAGCCGCGACGACUGCCCGAGGAAAAACCAGCCCCGGAGCGACGCGACCCGCGGGGUGGCGACGUCCGCGGCCACUCGUUUCCGUCCCCCUCGGCCGGCAGUCACAGCCCGCACGGCGGACACGCGCCGCGCGCCGCCGCCGCCUACAAGUCCAGCCCGCACGCCGGCGCCCACCGGUCCAGUCCGCACGGCAGCGGGUCCAGGGGCUCGAGUCCGCACGGCGCCGGAUCGGUGGGAUCCAGUCCGCUCGGAUCCGGAUCGCAUGGAUCUGGCGGACACCGCGGUCAUCAUGGCGGUGGACAUGGAUCACAUGGGUCACAUGGAUCGCACGGAUCUCACGGAUCUGGACAGGGAUCUCGCGGCUCGGGACAUGGAUCCGGUGGUGGAUCCAGCCACGGAUCCGGCCACCACGGGUUUCCGCCGACCAAGCAGGCGCCUCCGCCGCCGAAGCAGCAGCCGAUUCAGGUGAUAAGUUCUCAGCGCAGUGGCAACCUCAUCACGAUCCCGAUCCAGGGUCAGGAGCCGCCGCCGGAGCCGCCGCCGCCUUCCCACCCGCCGCCGGCGCAGCCGCAGUACGCCGGCUACCAGCCGACGGCGGCCUACUCGACGCCCGGCUACGGCCAGCCGGAGCCGGCGCCUUACUACCAGAGCACGCCGCCGCCGCAGCCGGCCGGCUACAGCCGCGCGUUCCCGCCGCCGCAGGUGCCGCCGCCGGUGGUGCGGCCGGCGCCGCGUCAGUACCAGGCGCCGCCGCCGCAGCCGAGCCCGCCGGCCUGGCCCAGCCAGCCGCCGCCGCUGGGCAGGUACUACCGGUGAGCGUACCGCGACAAUAUGGGGCGGCGUGGUGACGGGAGGGAGGCUACUGUUCACCGCCAACAGCUGACAGUGGUCGGAUUUAGAUGGGAAGUUGAGGAGAGCAUCGUGAGUGAAAAUAACACUACGUGGCAUAAAUAUGAAGGAUCUACAAUGAUGAUACAAAUAAUGAGAAGCCAUUUUGGUAGUGCUUGUUGCACAGUGAACGUUAAUUCAGAAAGGACUGGACGUGAGAGCCAGUAUAUUUUGUAAACGUUUUGUGUUAAGAAAAAAUGAUGACCAAGUUAAUCUUUGCUGGACGGCCAAGUCUUUGUGGUAGCCUUUACUGUCUGCGUUUGGGUCGCAGUCAGUAUGCCUUGCGCUGGACUGCAAGGCGGACCGCAUUUGGUGACUUGUUAAGUGCUGUGGCAUGUCUUCCGGACUUGUUAGAUCUGUGCCUGUUGAUGGCUCCAUCCGUGGAGCUGCAUGAAUGUUGGAUUUGGGUGGUGGACUGAUCGAAAUGAUGUGAUGCUAGCCGUGCCUUGGAAGCGAGUAGUGACAGACAUAGCGGUCUGAUCCGUUACCAUUGUCGGUGGCUUCGGCCUUGGGCCUUUCCAAAUUGCAUAAAUGCAGUGCAUUGCAUUCGCUUUUUGAGCCUUUGGCGUUUUGUCCGAUACGUUUCCGCCAUCGACCUAACUGAUGGAAUUGCUGCGAUGAAGCAGAAAUACAUUUUUUAGCUGCCCACA